GCGUGGCCAUUAGUGGAGAGUUGUUGUCCUGACACUGACGGGCUGUGCUCUUCACCGGUCCGCCUUUUCUUCCUCAGAUAUAAAACCGCGGACCAGUUAUGCUGCUCAGAGGAUCCCGUGUGUUCAGCUUCAUCAGACCUCUUCAUACUACAGCCGUUUCAAACAUGCCUAUCAAGGUUGGAGACAGUCUGCCGUCUGUGGAGGUCCAGGAAGGAGAACCAGGAAAUAAAGUGUCCAUCGCCCAACUCUUUAAAGGGAAAAAGGGGGUACUGUUUGCAGUGCCCGGUGCUUUUACUCCUGGAUGCUCCAAGACGCAUCUCCCAGGGUUUGUGGCUGACGCUGGAAAGCUGAAGAGCAAAGGUGUGCAGGAGGUGGCAUGCGUCUCUGUGAACGACGUGUUUGUCAUGGCCGCAUGGGGAAAGGAACAUGGCACGGAUGGCAAGGUGCGAAUGCUGGCCGAUCCCACAGGAGCCUUCACUGCGGCAGUGGAUCUCUUUCUGGACAAUGAGGACAUUUUGAAGGUACUUGGUAACAAGAGAUCCAAGAGAUACGCGAUGCUUGUCGAGGACGGCGUGGUGAAGAAGCUCAACGUGGAGCCUGAUGGUACCGGUCUCACCUGCAGCUUAGCCUCCAACAUCCUCUCUGAUCUGAUCUAAAGCACAGACCGCGCCAGCCUUCUACAAAUAACCACCAUCAGCUUCUACAUAUGGUGUUAUCUCUUCAGUAAUCUGUGUUUUGCGUCAGCUAAAAAAAAAAAAAAUACAAAAAUGCUGUCAGCGGAGAUGCAACCAAAGAAAAGCGUAGCAGGAGAGUAAAUAGAGGACGUUGUACAGUUCAGCGAGUCGACGGACAACGUGACCUUCAAGCGCACAAUUCUUCACCGCUGUUACGUUCAUUAUCUGUACAAUAAUAAACAGAAUUUUGCAUUCA